AUGACUCAGACGGCAAACUGCAUGUUUUCCGAUGCAAACUACCUAGAAUACAGUCCUGCAGACGUCCCAAACAGCUCGAAAGCGUGUUCCCUUCCACCAAACACCCAGCUUCUGUGUCAGUUCACGUGACGGGGGAAUCCCCGGGCUGCAAGCAUUGGAAGUGUGAACACGUGAAUGUGCUGAUCAGUUGACGACGUACGUGUUUGUUUCCUUGAAGUGUCCACGGCGGCGAAAUGGACACCCCAUCCGUCUGCGCGUCACGUCGCCCCUUUCUCUCUCCUCGUCCCCAACGUCUUCCACACAACCAGACCGUCCGUCGACAGUGACCAGCGACGGUCCGAAGGUCUUUUUAUCAGUUUUUAUAUCUCUCUAUCUCUCUUUCAUAGUAACAUUCAUUCCAGAAGGUGGUCAUCAUGGCGUGUCCGUAUAUGGGAGGAGGCGAGCUCACGCACAGAGUCACUUUUAUGGAAGGAGGAGAAGAAUGUCAGCAGGGAGUGAACAAGGUUGAGAUGGGAUUCGGACAGACUUAUCCCGAGUAUCUGCAGGUUUGAAAAGACAGAAAUUUUCGGAUUGGAGUUUAGAACUUCCUUUUAAGCUUGACAAGAUUCUGACGGCACAGAGGUUGAAGUCAGAAGCAGACGGGCAAAGGGUCGACGACGAGCACCUCUUCAUUGUUAUCCAUCAGGCUCACGAGCUCUGGUUCAAGCAGAUCAUUUUCGAUUUGGAUAUUGUCAGAAAACUUUUGAAUAACACAGUGAGUACCCUUCUAGACUACAUUUUUUAAUGGAAAGUGGUCUUUCAGAUUGUGGAUGAGACAAAGACAUUAAAAAUCGUCUCAGGACUAGAUAGGAUCGUAAAGAUUCUCAGUCUUUUAACGGAGCAGAUCACUCUUCUGGAUACCAUGAGUCCGUUGGACUUUGUGGACUUCCGCAAGUACUUGACUCCAGCCUCUGGCUUCCAGUCUUUGCAGUUCCGUGUUCUGGAGAACAAAUUGGGCGUGAAACAAGAGCGUCGGAUCAAGGUGAUCAGGGUUAUCUUAUCAGGGACGCAAUUGGAAGUAUUUGCAGUAUAACGCGCAGCAUUACAAGAAUGUGUUCAAUGAUGAAGAUCUGCAAGCGCUGAACACGACCGAACAGGAGAAGAGUCUGCUGACGCUCAUCGAGAGCUGGCUGGAAAGGACUCCGGGACUGAAGUCGACGUCCGAGGACGAGGGAUUCUGGGAUAAGUACGAGCAGUCCGUGCAGAGAUAUCUUAGCGAUAUGGCUAAACAAGCAGCGGUACGUUGGCAUUGUGAUCAAGCAAUUGUGUCUCUUUGCUUCUCUGUUUCCCAGAGUAUUCCCCUUCCCAAGCCAAGUCACACUUUUCCCUUCCCCUUUUCGAUUCCAUUUUAGGGAACUCCCAUCCAUUUCGUUUCGCUCUUCCCUUUCCCUUUCUCUAGUCUCCCCGGUAACUUUGUUUCAUUUAAGGAUCCAUCAAACACGGAGGAGAUCGCCAAGCAACUGACAGCUGAGUACCACAAAACUUCGGAUGCUUUCCAGUCGGUUUUGGAUCCCAGACAGCACGAGCAACACAUUAGAAAUGGUAAUUUCCAUUAGUGCAUAUUCCAACUGAAACGAAUAAUGAAAUCCUGCGCACAAUGAUCUGUCGCGUGAUGAACGGGUUGCGCCCAAUUUAGUCCGUGUGCCCCGAUGACCGAGCGAAAAAACAAAAAAUAAAAAAAUAAAACUACAAAAGGAAUAAUCGAUUGCGAAAUGCACAAAAAUCACUUUCAGGAAACCGUCUUCUCUCGCACGACGCCACGAAGGGAGCCAUGAUGAUCUAUUUCUACCGUGAUAUGCCUCGCUUCUCGCAACCCUACCAGAUCCUUACUUUCCUCAUGGACAUCGACAGUUUGUUCACCAAAUGGAGAUGUAUGCUCGUUUUCUCUCUGUCCCUCCCAUUCACAUUCAUUUCCAGACAACCACGUCCUUCUGGUGCAGAGAAUGCUGGGAGCGAAGCAGGGAACGGGCGGUUCCUCCGGAUACAUGUACCUCCGCUCGACCGUCAGUGACCGUUACAAGGUGUUUCUGGAUCUGUUCAAUCUUUCCACGUGGCUUAUUCCACGUGAAUACAUCCCGUCGCUCUCGCCGCGAAUGGUCAAAACACUGUCGGAGCAUUCGAAUCUCUCGCAUUCGCAGUCUUCGGAAAGCGAAUGA